UCUAGAAUCUAGAUGUGAUUCAAUAAUUCAAUUACGAUUUAAAUGUUUCUUUUUAAGACAGUUCUUUGUUUUGUUGUAUCUAUUGAUUUAGUAUUGUGUGUUGCAAAUCUGAAAUAUUUUGAGACGUUCAGUCAACUUAGCGUGUCAUCUAAAGUUGUGAGGACUGCUCGCAGCUAUGAAAGGAGAAAAAACUUAAAAUUUCAAGCUUUUGGAAGGGCUUUUCAUUUGUCGCUAAAAUCUGGCACAAAUGUAUUAUCUAAGGAUUUCGAGGCUGUUUUGUUCUCUGGGGAAAUGUCCGCCAGCUCCUUUGAUGUUGAUCAGAGCCAAAUUUACUCAGGUCACCUGACAGAUGAUCCUAGUGUUAAAGUUAACGCACAUACUGAAGAAACCUUAUGGUCAAUAAAUAUUUUUUUGAAAAAUGAUACCUACACUAUCGAGCCAGCCUGGUACUUGCUCAAUGCCACUGAGAAUCCCUACAAUAACUCCUACAUGGUGUAUAGAAGAUCUGAUCUAGAGUUUAAUGCAGGACAAUGUGGAGUGGAAAACACAGAGGAUGAUCCACACUUAAAUCCUGAAUCACAGUCUUCCGUAAAAGGCGGUAAUCAAACAAGAUUGAAAAGAGAAACAGCUGGAGAUUCUUGUCAAUUGAACAUUGUGGCUGACUUCAGCUUUUUCAAAAAUCGAUGUAAUCAACAGCCUGUUACAUGUACUUCUAUCAUAAUUCAUCUAACAGAAAGUGUUGACACAAUAUUUAGAGGCUCUACAUUUGAAGGCAGUUCACACAAUUUAUAUAAAGAUAUAGGAUUCCGAUUGAAAAGACUGGUACUGUAUACAACCCCAACCGUGACAUCUGAUAAAACGUUUGAUCACUUUAAUGCCAAGGAUGUCACCUGGGAUGCUAGUAAAAAACUCCAGUCUUUUGGCUACUUCAUGAGUCAAUUAGGAGUGGACUUUUGUCUGAACCACCUGCUUACAUCUUAUCCAAUGCCAGACAGGGUCUUGGGACUAGCGCAAGUUGGUCAAGUGUGUGAUUUUACAAGAAGUAACCAACCCAAUCGGAAUAUUGCCCUAUCGUCAAGCACAGAGAUACUGACUGGACCCGUCACAACACUUCAGUUUAUGAUUGUCAUAACCCAUGGCCAUAACUUCGGAAGCCGGCAUGACCCUGCUACAGCUUCGUGUUCUCAACAGGAAGAGGCAGGGGGUAACUUUAUCAUGUGGGAUAGAGCUGUUGAUGGCCUUCAUUCAAACAAUCAUAUUUUCUCACCUUGCACUUUAAAAGCCAUUGGAAGACAUUUAGAAAUGGGAUAUGGAUGGUGUUUUGUCAGCAAAACAGCAAAACCCAGUCUAUGUGGGAAUGGAAUAGUGGAAGAGGGUGAAGAUUGUGAUGCCGGGGCCGUAGGGCUCAUCAAUGCUGAUCCAUGCUGUGAUAAACAGUGCUGGUUCAAGGACUUUGCUGUUUGUAGUGACAUGAACACUGUGUGCUGCGCCAACUGUAAAAUGGCACCACGAAGUAUGACAUGUUUUGACUCCCAUGGAAUCGACUGCAAAAAGCUGAAUUACUGCUCAGGCAAUGGGUAUAUGUGCCAAGAACCCGAAAAUCUGCCAGACUGGACCCCUUGCAAUUAUGGGGGCCAGUGCUAUCAAGGCAAGUGUCUGAAUUUCUGUCAAACUAAAGCCGUCAAGGAGAAUUUGAGUCUAAGUUCUUGUAUGUGCAGGUCUCCAGAUAAUGCCUGCAAGUGGUGCUGUUUUGACAACUCAGAUCCCAGGAAGCCUGGACCAUGUACCCCCUACUCCAGUGAAACUUUAGUGGAUGGACUACCCUGUUACAAGGGCUACUGUGAGGAUGGGCUGUGUGCCCCUAGAAGUGUAACUACUACAGAAUGGAUUCAAACGAUUUUCACUAAUCACAUCAAAUUCACGCAAGUCAGAUUUUUCAAGUCGAACAUUGUAUUGUGUGUUGUUGUACUUAGCCUGAUGUUGUGGGUACCAUUAUGUUGCUGGAUCUGUACACUGGAUAAUGAUAAGCGGUUUCAGAAGGAGAUUGAAGAGUUAAGGCUAAUGAAGGCCAUGAUAAAUAAACAGCCACAAAAUAAGAAAAAAGUAAGAGCAAUUCCGAAAAAAAAUGAUUUGAUUUACAGAAAAGUCAGUAUAAAGGCUCUCUUAGAGAAAAAGAAAAUUGAGUUGGAUGCAACGGAUAAAGUGGUAGCAGUCAUCCAGCCUUCUGUGGGCACUGGCAAUCAAUCACUGACAGAGGACAUUGAGGGACAUGAAGAGAAACCAGAUGAUGUUGAAGGGGAAUUGGAUGGCGCAAGUGUUGGUCAACAGAGUGAAGACAGGACAACUGGUAGUCUGGACAAGGGCAUCCAGAGAAAAUCAACUGACUCCAUUAAGCAUCCUAAAGUUGUCAAAUUUAUGAUAAAUGAGUCAAAGACGGACAUAUAAAAAUACUAACCAAAAUCUGAUUUUUGACCAAUGUAAAAUUUAAGGAGAACCCCACACAGAAAGACUUUUUAUUUUAAACAAGUCAAAUAGAAUCUGCUGUUUGACCAGUUUUUUUCUGUUUGAUGUAGUUUGGUGACAUUUAAGUUUUUUUUUAACAGGCUUUAAACAACUGAGUAAUCCUGUUUACGGUACAAGUCAUAAGUAAAAAACCAUACCAUUUAAUUUUUAUUACAUUAUUGUUCACGUAAAACAAGAGGUCAAUGGUCGUCAGGCAAAUUAAAACAAUGUAUUGAUUUAGUGCCCAGAUUUAUUUGUAUUACUGCCUAUGGAAUAAAUUUGUCAUUU